CACAUUGAGUGUGAGUAGCCAAGGCUACAGUGCUGCGCAGAUUGGUUCAGUCUCGCUGGAUUUUUUGGAAACAUAGGAUAUAGAUCUUGUCCGGAAUGACAGUGCAAUACAGGGUCAAUAGAAAAAGGACCGUGUUCUCUAGGAUAUUCAAAACUCUUUUGUAGACUAUUCCGAGUGCUUCCUGACCUGGGAUGAGGUUGCGUUACCGGACUGCGCAGUUGACAGUCGGCAAGUCAAUCUGUCGUUGCGACCAGCCGCCAAUGUGUCGCGUGAGAGCACUGUUCUUCUGUCUAUGGGGUGUGCUGGCACUUGCCUUGGCACUCGGCUUCUCUCUGUCCAGCAGUGACACAAACACUGACGAAGUUCUCAUCCACAUACCUGACCUAACAAAGGAUAAGCUUACUCACAGACCUCGGAGGCGCACCGUAGCCCUGGUGCGAAGACUCGUGUCCCAGGUGGAUGGGCAGAGGUUGUGGCAUGCUCUCCUUAAACCCAUCCUCAUUGAGAGACUGCCGGGCAGCAAAGGGAGCCGUGCCGUACGUAAGCACAUAUCCAAUCGACUGUACACACUGUCUGCUGGCUGGACGGUUCAGUUCGACUCCUUCAACCAUCCCACCCCUCGAGGCUCCAUUAACUUUUCCAACAUCCUGGCGGUGCUGGACCCCGGGGCCCCGCGGAGGCUGCUGCUGGCCUGCCACUACGACACCAAGGCCCUGCGCCUCUCCCCCAGCGGCCCCGUCAAGGUGUUUGUGGGUGCCAGCGACUCUGCGGUGCCUUGUGCCAUGAUGCUGGAGCUGGUGACAGCGCUAGAUGAGCACCUCAGAGUGAUGAAACAACAGAGGAUUUCUGAGGUGACCCUGCAGCUGGUCUUCUUCGAUGGGAAGGAGGCCAUUGAACAGUGGACCGCCAACGACUCGCUCUACGGCUCACGACACCUGGCUGACCAAAUGGCCCAAACACCUCACCCACCGGGCGCCACAGAAACAACUCUGAUUGACGCGGUGGAUCUUUUGCUGCUAUUGGACCUAAUUGGAGCCCAAGCUCCGAUGUUUGUCAAUCACUUUGACAACACGGCCCGCUGGUUUGAUCGCCUUAUAUCUGCAGAGACAAGACUGCAUAAACUGGGCCUGCUGUCCUCCCACCCCAAUGAGCUGAGUUACUUCAGGAAGGACGUCAACAUGGGACGAGUCGAAGACGACCACAUGCCUUUCCUUGAUAGGGGGGUUCCUGUGAUGCACAUGAUCGCCACACCCUUCCCCCCGUUCAUGCACACCUUCGAGGACACCGCCGUCAACAUUCACAUUCAGACCGUGGAGAAUCUCACUAAGGUCCUGGCCGUGUUCUUGUCCGAAUAUCUGGGCCUUUAAACGUUAUUUUGCCUCAGCUUCAGCACUUUACUUUCUGUCUGGAUGAAUAACAGAGAGGAGGAAGAGCAGAUUCUGAUUUGAAAUCAGUCUGCAAAUCAACCAAUAUCACUGCAAAUCCAGAACAUGAUGCUGCAGUAUGCAUUGAUUGUAUGACAAUAAUUUUAGAGUAUUUACAGCCUCUACCUACCUUUGUUAUGUGCCUUUAUAGCAUAUCCUAAAGUAUGAUUUUGACAGGGUGUUGCCUUCUUGUUUACGAGAAGCAGUAGAAUCAAAUAGAGUCUGUGCCAAGACAUGGUUUGUACAAACCAAUUACAAUUAAGAAUGGUUUCUAUGGCCAGUUUACGCUAACCCACCAAUGUGCACAAUGUUGAGUUCAAAUGCAAAAUAUGGUAUUUAAGGGAAAGAAAUGCACCGAAAGGCAUCCAGCAUUGUUAACUUGAACCCAUGGUUCCGUGAAAGGUUAUUGAAGUGCAAUAACAUAGUUAUGCAAUAAUGUAAAUAAUGAAGCUAUGGUACAGCAUUCAGGUCCUCGGUAUGCAACUCAGGAGUGAUUGCCAACAUCUGACGUCUCAACAAUAUGGUGCCAACCUAUACACACACAUAUAUGAAAUAUAUAUAGAGGUUAAAUACAGCUAAUUGUAGGUCAGUAACGGCAUUUAGGCCUAUAUGCAACAAAUUCUCCGUCUGUCAAGCUACCCAGCAUGUGUAGUGGCAGAAAUACUCACUGGUGUCUUGCUGGUGCUGGCUGAUGUGUUGGUGUUGUUAGAAACGAGGUGACCUGCUGUAUGUGUGGUGUGUUUGGGGUUUACUGGUCAUCUGUGACCACACCUUUUGAAUACAGUUGCACUGAUUGCACUUGUCACAGAGAUGAAAUUGGUAUAUUGUAAUGCCACAGUACUUUUCUGAAUAAAAUUGGAAAAAAACAUGUAUAAGUUCACGAUUUUUUUUUAAA